CUACCGUCCCCACCCUCCUUCCGUUUUCUUUCUUGGUUCAGUCUAUCAUCAUGGGUAUCGCUCCUGGUCUCGUCUUCAUCGUCAAGUCUCUGCCCUACGUGAUCUACCCGUCUGCAGUUGCGUAUGGCCUAAUCCACGCGUUUGCACCGGACGCUCCACUGCCUGCUGUGGCCGCUGCUCUCGUUCUCGCGCACCCCGUUUUCUGGUUCCUUGAGGAUACCUACAGAGAAUGGCAGAUCAAGCGCGCUGCUGCCGCUGUAGGCGCAGUGACCGCACCCAGCGUUCCCAGUGCUCUCCCCGGUGGUCUCAGCCACAUGAAGUUUAUACGCCAGCAUAUGAACAGCGGCGAGCCUUCCACCACAACGGAGCUUUGGGCCGAGCAGAUGGGUACCUAUGUGUACCAGUUGAAUCUGCAGGGAGACAGACGGAUUGUCACGCUUGAGCCCGACCAUGUGAAGGCAAUCCUCGCUACAAAGUUCGAGGACUUUGAUAAGGGGCCCUUCAACUACGACGUCCUUCACUCCCUCCUCGGCAAUGGCGUCUUCAACGCCGAUGGUGAGAUGUGGAAAUUCCACCGCUCCAUGACGCGCCCCUUCUUUAACAAGGAAAAGAUCGCGCACUUCGACAUCUUUGACCGCCACGCCGACGAUCUCCUGCGCAAAGUCAAGGCCCGCCUCGCCGAGGGCUUCCCCAUCGACUUUCAGGACAUGAUCGCGCGCUUUACGCUCGACUCUGCGACGGAGUUCCUCUUUGGGUACGACAUCAACUCGUCGGGCGCGGGGCUGCCCUAUCCGGAAUACGCGAAGGAGCGCAACACGGAGACGUUCACGAAGCAUCCGUCGAAUGUCUUCGUGAAGGCGUUUGCGGAGGGACAGGAGCUCACGGUACAUCGGUAUCGUGCGGGGUCGGCGUGGCGGCUCGCAGAGUUCUUCAGCGAUAGCGUGAACCCGAGGCGGGAGGUCGUGAACGACUAUGUGAAGAUGAUCUUGAACGAUCCUGAAUUCCAGAAGGCGGCUCAGGCGACCGAGAAGGGCAACGCCGCCGACAGCGCCUCCCUGCUUCACCACCUUGUCUCGUACACCAAGGACCCUAAGGUCCUCACGGACGAGAUCAUCAAUCUUCUCGUCGCCGGCCGCGACACCACCAUGGGCACCCUCUCCUUCGGCGUCUACAAGUUGACCGCGCACCCUGAGAUCGCGCAGCGCCUGCGCGAAGAAGUCCUCGAAGUCGUUGGUCCCAAUCGUCGCCCCACCUACGAGGACGUGCGCGACAUGAAGUACCUACGCGCCUUCCUCAACGAGGUGCUCCGCCUCUACCCCGUCGUCCCCAACAACUCCCGCGCCGCCAACAAGGAUACGACGCUCCCCUUUAAGGACAAGGACCGCGCGCCGAUCUUCGUCCCCAAGAGCACGCGCUGCUCGUACUCCUCGUAUCUCAUCCACCGGCGGAAGGACCUAUGGGGCCCGACCGCGGGCAUGUUCGACCCGGACCGUUUCCUCGACGAGCGGCACGCGAAGUACCUCGUGCACAACCCGUACAUCUUCAUCCCCUUCAACGCCGGCCCGCGCAUCUGCCUCGGGCAGCAGUUCGCGUACAACGAGAUGAGCUUCUUCCUCAUCAGGCUGCUGCAGAACUUUGAGGCGUUCGAGCUCGCGCGCGAGGCGCAGCCGAAGUCGUCGUUCAAACCGGAGGGCGCGCCGAAGAAGCCGGAUGCGGAGGAUGAGGAACUGAUGUUUGCAUCGCACCUGACCAUGUCGGUGAAGGAUGGGUUGUGGGUCCACAUGCGGGAAGCGCCUGCGGCUUAAUCGCUGCGUUGAUAGUUACACACCAGAGUAAGUCUGGUUAGAGGGGUAUUUCGCCAUAUUUAUUCAGACACUCGGCGAUCCGAUUGUGUACACUUACUUACCUAUCUAGACGGAUCGGCCAUACUGUAUUCUACGCCUAAUGUACAUACUCGCACAUGUCUAUCUCCUGGAAUACAGCGCUAUCUUCUAC